AAAAUCAUUAGAAAAAACAUUCAUUAUGACUUUGGUCAUUUUUCUCUGUUGGUUUUCUGAAAUGAAAUAAAAAAAUCAGUGUAAAUUACUAAUAACUGAUAGCAGGUGAAAUUGUGUUUCUCGAGAAUCUUUGAAUAAUCGAUGUCUUAACAUGUUGAUCACUGCUGGAGCCCUGAGGAUACAGUAGAACUGCAUAAGGAGAAGUGUUAAUCAGCACCUGUGUGGACAUGUUGUGUAGCAUAAGUAAAAGGUGGAGCUUUUUUUUUUAAAACCUGCAGUACUGGCACUGAUCCUGAAUUACUUCGCUAAAGGUUACCACGCAAGUUGUGCUGUGUGUUUACGGUACUUUUCAGUUCUACAGCUAACAUAUGUUCUCCAGUAUUUCAAUGCGGGAGUUUUGCACUGCUUUGCUGUAUUGCAAGAUGAGGCUGGUUUCUGAAACAUUGCUGCACACUUCAACAUGCAACAACUGAUGAUAAUACAGUGAUAUAAUUCUGGAAUAGCAAAUCUGCUGACAGCAGCAUGGACAACAAAAAGAAGUUGCCUCAUUUUGUCGGGGUUGAACACCCAUCUGCAAGGUCUCAUAAGAAGAAACAUGGAUCACAAGUUGAGCAGGAGCAAAUUCAGAAAAGAACCUUCACGAACUGGAUCAAUGCCCAGCUGUCUAAGAGGAGUCCUCCAGUUACAGUGGUGGAUCUUUUCAAUGAAUUCAGAGAUGGAAGCAGACUAUUGGACUUGCUGGAGGUUUUGAGUGGUCAGAGAAUGAGCCGAGAAAAAGGAAGAGGGACUUUUCAGCACAGAACAAACAUUGAGAAAGGUCUAGAGUUCCUUAAGAGGAAAUCGAUCAAACUGGUCAACAUUAAUGUCUCGGACAUCAUGGACGGGAAGCCUUCCAUCAUUCUGGGUCUCGUCUGGACCAUCAUCAUGCACAUUCAUAUCGAAGAGUUGGCCAGCACAUUGAACUUUAGUUCUCGUCAGUCGUCUCUGGAGUCACUGGCGAGUUUAGACACCCGUUCGACCAGCAGCAGUGCCCGCAGCAGUCCAGUGCCACCCCAUGGUUCACCCCUGCACACCCGUUUCCGCAUUUCUGCCAAGAAAGCCCUGCUGCUGUGGGUCAGAGAGCAGUGCCAAAAGGCUGGCUGUACUCUGAAUGUAAAGGACUUUAAAGUGAGCUGGAGAAGUGGUGUAGUGUUUCUGGCCAUACUUCAUGCUCUGAGACCGAAUAUAGUGGACCUUACCAGAGCCCGAACAAGAACCAACAGACAGAACCUGGAGGAAGCCUUCCACACUGCUGAAACAGAACUUCACAUCCCCAGACUACUAGAUCCAGCCGAUGUUGAUGUUAGGGAUCCUGAUGAAAAGUCUAUUAUGGCAUAUGUUGCUCAGUUCCUGCAGUACUCUAAAGAUGCUUCUGUUUCUGAUGAGGAAAUGCAGUAUCUCACUCCUCAUCAGGACCUCUCUCCUGUCAAUCUGCCAUCAGACUUUACUCCUUCUAUAGCUGCAUCACCUUUAAGACAGGCUCACCUGUUAAUGCCCUGUCCAAUCAAAUCAGGCCCUCCCAAAUCACCUGAGACAGCUCGAGCAGCUGCCCCUGGGACCUCAGUCAAUCAGAAGGCUCAGGAGGUCACAUGCUGGUUGGAUCAGGCCUAUCAGGAGCUGAUAGAGGGGUGGGACUCCACUGAAGGAGAGAGCUAUGCUGAGAGAUACCAAGUCUUCCACACCUUCAUUGUGUCCUUUAAUGAGCAGCGGCGUCCUGUAAUGCCAUUACUAACAGCGAUGAAGAGGACUCCUCAUCUUAGUGCAGAGCAGAAAGCUCUUAGACGAGCCUGGGAUGCUCUUGCUGAGAAGCUACGAGAGUAUAAAACAGAGCUGGACAUGAGCCUUCCAUCCCCACUGGACACUGUAGGCCGCUGGUUAUUGCGUAUUGAAGAGGUUUUAUCUGUUGAAGAGGGCGAGCCAAUAGAUCACGCCCGAGCUGCGGAGGAGGCUCGGGAGAAACUUGAGAUACUAAAGGUGUGUUUGGAGGAGAUGCCACAUCAUAUCAAAAGGUUUAAUAUGUUUCAAAACACAAAUGAGUUUGGAGAGGCUCUGGUGCCAGCAGACAAGAUGGAAGAGAUGAAGAGAAGGUUCACCAAUGUCCGUGUUACAGCUAAAUAUCAUGGUAUUAAGCUGGAGUACCGUGAGCGCAGACACACAGUGUUAGACCUUCUAAAUCAACUCAACAUUAAACUGCGAUCUUGGAAAAGAGCCUACAUUUCCCAGGAGGCUGUUCGUGUGCUAAUGCAGGACUGGAAUGAGACUGUGAACAAACAGGAACUGACUUCUUUGCUGGAUGGAGCCCUCCAUAGACUCAAACUAAUCGCCAACAAAUACACCAGCAAGGCUGCCUUGGCUGGAGACUCGACUGAGGUAAAUCGUCAGGUGGCUGAUCUGGAAGCAGAUGUUAUAGCAACUCUGGAGGGUGUACGGAUGGUGAGGGGAACUAUGGGACGCGUGUUGGCAGCUUGGGAGUCUUACAGUGAUAUCUACACCUCAAUGCGAGCAUGGCUGGAGCAGGGUCCACAUGCCCAGCGACACGGACAGAGUACAGAGGUGACAUUAUCAGUUAUGUCAGAGUGGAGUUCCCGCCAAGCUCACCUGAAUGAGGUGGCCAACUACUUGACAGAGGUCACAGACCCACAGACAAGCCGUGCUAUUUCAGAUGAACUCUGCAAGAUAAAUCUACUCUGGGCUGACUUUGCCAAAACAGCCCAGUUUUCUUUAGCUGAGGAGCCCAGUGCUGGCCCAUCCAGUCCUCAGACAGUUCAGUGUCUGAUAAGGGAGGCCACUCAGUUACUUAAAGAACCUGUGGAGGUCGUUUCUGGAUCACUACGUACUUACACAAAGAGACUACAGCUUAUGAUGAAGAAAAUAAAGGAUGUGGAUCUAGAAGCCCUCUUGCCAUCUCUAGACUGCUCUCCAGAAACCCUAAGCAAACUUCAGCAAGCCAUUCCUGAAGUCCUGCAGACACUCUGUGAGGCUGAGCAGGUGUGUGAUGAGCUGCGCGUGAGUGUGAGUGGGUUAGACGGGCGUCUAGCUGAACUGUUACACUGGGAGAUGGAAGCCAGAGAGCUCUAUCAACUACUAAAGGAGGAAACGCACAGGCAGAAGAGAGGACAAGAUCCCAGAGCACGUGUGUUGAUAUCAAGAGGUUUACAGUUAGAGGGUCAGGUGGUUAUGGAGGAACAGGAUCUGCAGAUGAUGGUCAUGACUAAUCAAAAGACUUCACCACUGCAGUAUCUCAUUGCAUCCACCAUGCAGGACAGAGUCCGCACUGCUGUUGAAAAGUCACAGGAAGCCGUAGGGAUGCUAAGCUCUUUGGGGGCUUGCAGAGAACGAAGCCCUGUUAGAGACCAGCCCCCUUCCAAGAUCUUUGUCCAAUAUCAAGAGACAGAGGAAGAGUCCCAAAAACCCUCGUUCCAGCCUGUCUCUCCAUCAGGAGCCCCUGGCAAACCAGAACCUCAGCCUGCAGUCAGGGCCAAAGUCCCAGAACAAUCUCAAAUACUCUCAGAGGUAUCUUAUAAAGCAGUAGACCUCAAGACCCAGCAAUGUAGUCAGCCUGUGCCAAUGAUUGUUGUGCAAGAGUAUGAAGAGGAGAAAAGUAGUCCACAACCACAAAUGCAUCCCUCUGUGCAAGUGAAAGACUCUCAGUCCAUUGAAGUUAAGUCAGAGAAAGUUGUCCAUGAUCAAACAAAAGUCAACAUAGAGCAUCAUGUAGAAAGCCAGGAAUCUUUACCACAGUCUGUGACACAACAACAGACAGAAAAAAGUCCAGUAGCUGGCCAACCCUCACAGAACCUACAACAAGCAGAGUCACAAGUACAUAAUAAACAACAAUUAGCAACACAGGCCCAUGUGCACAUUCAUCAACAAGAGAAAACUCAGCUUGCAAAACAGCAGAAGGUUCAACCACAAGUUUCAAUCCAGUCACGGCCUCAGGGCCAACUAGAAGCACAAACACAGCAAGCUCCAAAGCAGCAGAGGAAAGUAAAGAAGUCCCAGGCACAUCUGCAGAACAGACCUUGGCUUCAACAGAGGAGUCAACCGGAAAGAGUUACCCAAAACGCAGUGCAACAGUUGGUCCCACAAUCUCAGUCAGAGCCUGAGGACAAAUGUCAAAUAAGUUCUCAAGCACCACCACAGCAUAUAAUAGCUGUUUGUUCACCUGCGGCUCAGGGACCUGCUCAAGGCACAGCACAGUCAAAAAGCAUUGGUAAGAGUGAUGAGAAUCACCUGAAGCCAGCUCAGUCUGUUGCACAAGAGAAACCUCUUGUAGAAACACAAAACACACCUCAAACUGUGCCAGCAGUUUCAGCACAACCAGUGACUCAAAAACAACCACAAAAGCCAGUGACUGUUCCGAUUCAUCAACAAGUAUUGCCCAAACCUCAACCCUCUUUAUCAACUCAAGCUCAAACAACUACACAACAAACACUAGCUACUGCACCCAUUAAGCAACAAAAGCAACUUCAAACACAGAUAGUGACACCACAGCAACCUCAAGUGAUGAUCCAGAAACAGGCACAAUCUCAAUCCAUGACUCCAAUGCAACCCCAGGUUAUGGCCCAAUGGCAGCCACAACAGACAAUUGCUCAGCCUCGUCCUGCAGUGCCACAACCACAAAUAUUUCCAGUGGCCCAAACAAUGCCUCAAAGGCCAGUCCAACAAUACCCAACAUCUCCCAUUCAACCACAAAUAACAAUGCAGAGACAACAGUCUCAGUCCCAGCAAACCACAAUGCGCAAUCCGACUAUUAUUACCCCCCAACCCAAAGGUGCAUCCCCCAUACAACCCAGAAUCAUCUCUAUGCCUCGACCCCAGAUGCCUGUUCAAUCUCAAACUCCGGUCAAAGCACAGGGAAGUGUACCACAUGUGAUUCAACCUCAGGGGCAACCCCAGUGGAGUCAACCAGGAGAUGUCACCCAAACGUACCCCAGAGUGCAAGGACCAGUUUCUGUAGCUGCCCAAAUGCAGCCACUGGCCCAUUUCCAAACUCAUCCCCAACCUCCAAGUAUCCCUCCAACUCAGCUUCAGCAGUGGUCACCAAUAAGACCAGGCUUAGUAAGCCAGACAUACCCAACUGUCCAAGUUCCAGGUCAGGUAGUUCAAUCUCAGCCUCAAAUGGCAGUUUACCCUAAAAUCCAGCCGCAAUCACAGCCUCAGCAGUGGUCCUCUGCUAGACCUGAAUUACCUUGGGGUCAGUCACAGAUAAGACCUCAAGGUCCAGCUCAGCAUAUAGUUCCCUCUCAGCAAUGGAGGCCUAUCAGUCCAGAAAGAGUCAGUCCAGUAUACCCAAGGGCUGAAACCCAAGGGCCCAAGGGACCACAUCCUCAGACCCAAUAUCAAGCUCUUCCAAGGCCAGCAAGCCCUCAACGUCAGUGGAGACCAGUCCGGCCAGAACAUCAGUUUCAAGUUUCUUCCCAGACUAUGUUCCAUGGUGCUCCCCAGCCAGUAGCUCCAUGGAAUCAACCACCUUCUCAAGCUCUCAUAAGAUCUCAGAGUCCACAACAGCCUCAGCAAAGUCAGCAAAAGUGGAGUUCAUCCAAGACAGAGGCCCCAUCUGCAACCCUCAUCCAAAGCCAAGUUGCCCAGGCAGAGCUUCAGUCCCAAGAUCUGACAAAGCUGCAGUUACCAGUACAGGAACCACCCCAACAGCAGUCAGUUCCUCGGGUUAAGCAACCAGCACUUGCCCAGGCUCCCCCUCAAGCCUACACUGAAGCUUAUAUAAAGGCACAGGCCCUGGUUAGGGAUAGAUUUGAAGAAGCCAAGCACUGUCUUCAAGAGCACAUUAUAGAAGCUAUCAGUGUAUUCAAGGACAAGAGAAUAAUGGACGAACAGGCAUCAGUUAAGGAGGAGACCCUUCGGACUCUUGACCCUGAACUUCUUGAAGAGUUCUUGAGGGCUGCGGAAGGAAUGGAAGCUUUCUGCACCCCAUCUGAACUUAGAGAUAUGGAGUUUUUCAAACAAUCUGUUAGAACACAGUGGAAGGAUGUUCGAGUGCAAAUAUCAGAAUUUUUGAAGCAACUCAGAUUUGAGUUAACCCGCCUGCAUUUUAACCGUAUGGUUAAGACAUGUGAGAUACACUUUAAGAAGGAAAAACUCAACCAUAGGCCUGAAUCAAUAUCAGAAUCAAAAGAAGAGGCCUGUUUGUCUGCAGAAGGCAGUCUGGCAGAGGCAGGACAGCAGCUAGAAGCUCUGAAGGAGUUGUGUGAUACUCUGAGUCCUGAGGAUGCACACAGGCUCGCACAAGCCCAACUUAGAGAAUGUGAGAGACGGCUGGCUGCCAUCCAGCGGCAGUUCAGUGGAGACACAGAUACACCUCCUACAGACACUAGUUUACAAACAGAGCAAACAAAAGAGCCACCCAAUCAAAAAGCACCAACAGUCCCACCACCACCUGAGAAGCCCAAAGAGGUUAUUGUUUCAGAGGCUGUUAUGCCGGUUAGCCCCCAGAGACUCAGAACUGUGGAGAAGAGAGAGAUAGUAAAACAAACAAGUACAGAAGAGGAUAGGUACCGCAGUUCCAGAUUUGCAUUACAGGCUCAGCUAAACAGAAAUGAGCAAUGCAUGCUUGGAGAUCGUACCUCAGAAUCAGUCACUCCCACAGACCUGCAGAAACGACUGAGAGAAUUAAAGUCUCUGUGGGAUGAGACAGAGUCUCUGUGGAAGGAGUAUGAAGCACUGUGUAUGCAAUGUGUUCAGUACAAUGAACGAGCAGUUGAGCAGGACCGUAUGGAGCUCACUGUCAGGUGGAGAGAGCAGAGGUCACAGUUACAGGGCAGGGUGGAUUCACUGAGAACAGCACUUGAGCUCAUGGACUCUAUUAAGCUGAAGAUAUCUGAGAUUUCUAAAAGGCUGGAAAAUUUCAUUAAAGAGCCCAAAGACAUUAAGGGAUAUACACUAGCUAACCCUGCCAUUUUGAGAGAUGUGAAGGACUUAGAUGAAAGUAUCCAGACAGAGAUGGAUCGUCUGUCUCGAUUUGACUCUGAGCCCAGUCAUCUAGACUUGCGUGACCGAUCACCUCUGACCCAGGUGGUUCUGAACCACAGAUCCAGCCUGGACCAGCUCAGGCAACAGGUGCGCAAGAGUGACGCCGCUGCCCGUGCCCUCGACCGUUUCCUCAUGUCCCUGCGCACAGUGGAACUCGAUGUCUCUUCUGUGCAAAGCGCCCCCAGCAAUGAUGCCAUUGUACUGCAGGACAGCAGGUCCAAGCUGGCAUUAAUCAGAAAGGGAGUCAGCAGUCUCAAGGAUAAGGCUCCACAGCUGGACCAGCUCUUGGGCGGAGCACAGCUCGAAGUGACCCAGGACGGGAGCCCUGUUUCCUGUCUGGACAUGGUGGGGGUACUGGUUCACAGGGUGGAAGAGGCAGACGAUCAGCUGAUGAUUCGACAGAAUGAGCUCCAGAAGGAACAGCAGAACCAAAGCCUCGGCCUAAGGAGGAAGACUAUCCAGGCUGAGUUAAGGAAGGUGCUGGCAGCAGCAGAAAAACAAGGUCUAAAGGAUCCCACUAUGCCAGCUGUGCAACAUCGGAUGCGAGCACUGUCCGAUGUGGAAUUGCAACUGAACUCUCUUCGCCCUGAAUACCAAAGCAUCAAGAAGGCUCUGUCUGAAGUCUCUUCACAGAAAGAGCACCCUCAUUCAGCAAAUGAAGAGCUUGACUUCCUUUGGGAAGAGACUGAAAGAGCUGUAUCUGACAGACAAGAGCAGUGCACUGUUCUUAUGGAACUCCUGAAGAAAUUUCAGAACUGUCGCAGUAACCUGGGCAACACUCUCCAGAGGGCGGAGCAAACAAUCAAUGAACAGGCUUCAUACAUGGGCAAAGACAACUUGCAGCGACUCCUUGCAAAAGUUGUUGGCAUAAAGGAGGAUCUUAAUAGCCUCGGACCCAGGAUGGAGGAGUUCAGAUCUGUGUGCAGACAGUUGCAGUCCCAGCUCAAGAAAAUACCUGAUUGCUCAGAAACUCCAUUUGAGACAGAGGCAGAUGCUUUAGUGGACUCAUGGCUGGAUGUGUCAGAGAAGACAGACAGUUACAUGGACAACCUGCGUGUGGGUCUGGAGUUGUGGGAGAAACAGCUGGUUCUGGGUGGAGAAGUGGACAGCUGGACUUCUACUAAACUCAUUAUCUUCUCAGAGUCUCACCCUUUCAGCAGUGAAACGGAGGUUGACAGCAUGAAGAAUGAGAUUCAGUGCCAGGAGGACAACCUUGAACACUUCCACAGGAAGUUACUGGAGAUCCAGGAACUGCUGCAGAGCAAAGAAUCUCCUCUUGAGUUACAGGUAAUGGAAACCAACCUGAGGAAGAAAAUAGAGCAGGUGAAGGAACUCUUUGCCGACUGCACUGAAGUGUUCCAGGAGCUCCUCACAGUUAAAGCUCAUAUGAUAGAAAAUAUUGACACCUAUCAAUCAUCUGUGAAGAAUAUACGCUCCUCAGUAGACAUGAUCAGUUCAGAGGAUCGCACAGAACUGGAUGCACAUUUACAGGACUUCUGUGAGCAGCUUUUGGACCAGGAGGAGCAGGCUGAAACUUUGCUGAAGGAAAUCAAUCUCAUGUCCAGCAUUACUGGACCGCAGGCCUUGGAGGAGCUGACCAAUCAUUGUAAGCAUCUCAAAGACAGCAUUGCGGAAACACGGGAGCUGAUUCGCCAGAAGAAGGAUCAAGGGGAGAAAAGCUUCCUUCAGACUAUUAAAGAAGAGUUUCAGUCAUUUGAGGAAUGGUUGCAAGAUGAGCAGCUCUCUGUGAAUGAGUGCUUUGAGAACCCUGAGAGGAAGCAGGAUAUAGAAACGUCCAUGCAGAGACUGACAAGUUUCCUGGCCUCUAAGGAAGGAGAACAGCGUCUGGCUCAGUUGAAGGAGAGGUUUGAGCAAGGGGGACAGGCAAAGCUCCCUGCUGAGGCUCAAGCUUUGCUCUCCACAUGGCAUCAGGAACAGGAAGGAGAACUGGCCACACUCAGGGCUCACUGCCAGGGACGCCAUAAACAGCUAGAUGAUAUCCUCCACAACCUCAACAGUUUGCAUGAGGAACAUAACCAUUUGAAGGACUGGCUGCAGCAGAGAGAGCAAGUGCCAGAACAGAGAGAAAAACUGAGGCAAAUCCAAGAGGAUUUUCUUAAAGAAAGCGGUCGUGUGGAAGCAUAUAAUAACCUGUUAUCUGCUGUAAGGAUGCGUGGCCUGAGGGGAGACCCUCUCCUUAGAAACUGUGAGACCCUGAUAGACCGAUACCACAGCCUGGGGAUUCUUCUGGAGAAUCAGGCACAAGUCCAAAAGACCCUUGAUGAUCAAGUUGAAACAUUCCAAACCAAUGCAGAACAGAUUAGAGCCUGGAUCAGAAAUUUAAAGCAAAGACUUGAGUACUUGGGAACAGACACGCCAAUGCAGGAAAAACAUGUAAAUGCUCAGGCUGUUCUUAAUCUAAGUCCUGAGGGUGAUGCUAAACUUGUGGCUCUGAAAGAAGAGGGUGAUGCUUUAUGUGCUCAUGAGAUUUUGGAGGACACCAGAAGACAAGAGCUCAUUCACACCCUUGGAAACAUUGAAGAUGAGUGGAAAAGAGUUCUGGAUAUGGCUGAGCAGCUAAAACAUCAAGCAGAACUCCAAGACACACUCUGUAGAGAACUAGAGGAUCUACAGGCCCAGGAAGAGAGCAUCCAGUCCUGGGUGAGAGAACAACUGCAAAUGCUUCGCUCUUUGGACAAGGACCUUCAGCCACAUGAAAAACUUAAUAAAGUGCAGGCUGUCAUAGACCUUGGUGAUGAAGCCAAUUCCAGAUUGGCCAGUUUACAGAGACAAGGUCAUCAUUUAUGUUCUUAUAAAGAGCUUGAGAAUGAGAGGAGGAGCCACAUUGACCAAAACCAGAGAGCAGUAGAGGAGGAGUGGAGGAAGGUGCUUCAACUUGCCCAGGAACUCAAGAACCAGGUCAAGCACGAGGAAACUCUCUACAGAGAGUUACAAAGUUUCUGUGAUCAGGGAGAGGACACUCAAUCCUGGAUUAGACAUCUCAGAGAGACCCUGGAUUCCCUUCUUGUGACAUCUUCCAUUCAAGAGAGGCUCAAUGGAGCUGAGGCACUACUAGCUCAUAGAUCUGAGUGGGACUGUAAACUUUCUAACCUAAAGACCAAGGGAGAGAAUCUAUGUUCCUGUGAAGAUCUAGAUGAGGACAAACGUCAGACAAUUCAACACACAUUACAAAAUGUACAGCAAGAGUGGAUGGGAGUUUUGAUGCAGACCCAGGAACUGAAGAACCAAUCAGAACUUGAGCAGUCUCUUUCUAAGGACCUUCAGGAUCUUCAAGAACAGGAGGAGAGCACACACUCUUGGCUUACAGAGCAGCAUCUGAAGAUCAAAUUGCUCGGUAAAGAGACUCAGUUACAAGAGAGAAUGAAUGGAGCUCAGGCCAUCCUAAACUCAGAAUCAGAGGGGGAUUACAAGCUAGCCAACCUGAGGAGGAAAGCAGAGGGUUUGUGCUCUCGAGAAGGCCUGGAGGAGAAAAGAAAACAGGAAUUCCAGCUGAACCUGAGAUCAAUUGAAGAAGAAUGGAAGAAGGUCCUGGCAAGUGCUCAAGAAUUAAAGAACCAGGCUGAGCUCCAGGAUUCUCUUGCAAGGGAGCUUCACAAUGUCUGUACCCAGGAGGAGAGCAUCUGGACCUGGGUGAAGAACCAGAAAGAUUGCCUGGACUCACUGGGCAAAAGUACUCAUGGUACACAGGAGCAGAUUGAAGAGAGACUAAGCAAGGCACAAGCAAUUCUAAGUCUGCACUCUGAGGGCAACUCUAAGAUUGCAGCCCUGAAACAGACAGUAGACCAUCUUUUUAACCGUGAAGAUCUUGAUGAAGAUGCGAGACAGUCUCUCGUUAAGAAAAUGAAAAAUGUAGAGGAGGAGUGGAAGACAACACUGCAGCAAGCACAGGAGCUGCAUAGUCUGCUGAAAAGUGUAGUGGAACGUCUGGUGUCCUGUCGGUGUCAGAAGGAACAGCUUCAGUCUCAUCUGGAUCAGGUGAAACAGCAGACUGCUGCACUGCCACGGCACUUCCCCUGGCCUGGUUUAGGGGAUCGAAGGCACACAUUGGAGCAAGCCAAGAGUCUGCUAGACCAUACCAGAGCCCUGACCCCAUCUCUGUCUGCUGUCCGAGCACUUGGGAGGGAGAUGAGCCAGCUAACCCAUGAUUCCAGCUGGAUUGAUCCAUCCUGGGCCACCACAGAGGAGUGCAUACCUGAGUUAAUCAAAGACCUUACGGAGUUUUGUGUAAAUCUCGAAGAGGAAAUCCGGAGAGAGCGAGUUUGUGCUCAGUUAGUUGAGCAGCACACUGUAGCACAGGAUUGGCUGAGAGAGCAAGUCAAAGGUUUCGGUGCUCUGCCCACUGAACGUCAUGGGUUACAAAGCUCUAUUAACACUCUUAAGGCUCUUCUCCAGACCAUAGACAGGGAGAAGAGAGAAAUGAAAGAACUGGAUAAUGUUAAAGAUUCCCUGAUGGAUCUUUGCACUCCAGGAGGUUGUGAUGCCCUGACCUUAGAGGUCAGCCAUCUUCAUGACCUCUGUGUGUCCUCGGAGAAAGAGAUGAGGGAAUGGUUAGCUGUGUGUGAGGCCAGAUUGAGUGACAUUGACCUCAGACUUGCUGGCAAGGCACAGAUUCUAAGGGAGCAAGCAGAGAGUCUCCUAGAUGAACUGCGUGCUCAGGACCACUCUGUAGGAUUCCUGGUGGAUAGCCAGAAUAUCAGCCAGCUACAGGAGAACUGGCAUAGUUUCAAGACAUGUGAGAGAGAGCUUGAGUCUUUAGAGGGCAAAGUUUGUGACCUUGGCCAGGCCCUCCAAAUGGUCCCACCAAAUGAGGGGCCCCCAAGUGAUGUCAUUUCUAUAGUGGACACAGUUACACAACAAUAUUGCAGUCUGCGGUCGAAACUGUUGGAAAAGCAGAAUGACUGCGCAGACAGCACUGUGCAGUGUGUGAGACAGGCCUUACAAAACAUACAGUCAUGGAACCAGACACAUGCAAAUCCUCCCUGCAGCUCAGCCACAUCCAUGCAGGCUGCAAUUGAUGAAGGUGUGAGACUGUGUAAAAGCCUGCAGGUAGCGCUGUCCCAUAAAGAACUGCUGAGGGAAUGUCUGGGCCCUGACUUGGCUGGCAAACUUGAAAGAGAUGGAACAAAAGCACUAAACGAAGCCGACAUUCACAUGAAUGACCUUAAACAGGAGCUUAAGAAUGUGGAGGAGAACAUAAAGCAGGAAGCUCAAAGGUUGUCACUGGAAGCUCGAAGCAUUCAGCUGGAUUCACAGGUUUCUGCUGCGACACCGUCAACAAAGGAGUCUGAACAGUCUGAAUUUGUUUCUUCUUCAUCGUUUAUCACGGAGAGCUUUGAAAUGACAGAUGGCAGUCAGCAGGCUAAGGUACAGCCAUCUGAAAACCUUGACAGCGAGAUCCCUCUAUGUGUAAUCUCAGAAACUACAACUGAAACAGAAAUUCACACUGCAAGAAAAUCACUACAAGCAUUAGCGACUGAAACUGAACAGAUUGAUUUCCAAACAACUGUACUAUUAACCACAGAGAUGCUACCUGAACCAGAAACAGGAGUAUAUGAAUCUGCUCUUCCUACAAGCAGCCAUGGUGCAAAUGAAAUUGAAAGUGAGAAUUUUGUUUAUGUUUCUUUGGAAACAAAGUCUGAUAAUGAUGAUAUAGCAGAUGAAAAGAUGCCAAUUUCCUCAUCUGCAGCUGUUCACAGCUUGGAAACCACAGUACAAGACACAGACUUGGAAUUACACAGCACUGAGAGUCUUAGCACAGAAGGACAAGUAAGCCAGUUGCCUGAUGUAGUUGUGUGUUCAGAAUCUUUUGCUGAUAGAGUGGAGGGUGAGAAAAUUGAAGCAGUGACUGCAGAGCCAGAUAAAGAGGAAGAGGUCAAAUAUAUUUCACUUUCUCAAGAGGAACCUUGUGGAGAAAAUGAAGGACAAACCAAAAAGGUUACUGCGCUCAUUUUAGAUUUGGAUACAGUGCACAUAGAUAGUGUAGACACAUACUCCCACACACCCACAGAUGGAGCUACAGUGAAAGCAGCCUCUGCUAGUGCUCUUUUAAAUGAGACGACACUGGGCAAACAAGAUCAUGAAACACUGGCCCCUCCAGAAGCUGAAAUUUCUGAACUAGCCAUAGAACCAAUUAGCAUCCUAUCUUCUCUUAAUGAGCCAAGUAUGGUGAAUGUUUCAGAAAUUAGUUCAGCAGUAGAACCAGAACAGUCACAGCUCAUCGAUAUAGACACUAAUGGACAAAUGCAAACAACAGCAGCUCCACCUUCUGAAACACAAGGUAGUGAAGAUGCUGCUUCCAGAGGUAUUGGAACAUUUUCUAGGAACAAUGGACCAAAUGCUGCAAUAGCUGACAGAGAGAGCAACUGGACUACAAAUAAUGGCCCUCGUGAAAUCCAACGCCGAUUUAUUAUUCUAGACUUCCCUGAGGGGGAGGAAAUGCAGAGACAUCAUGCUCAUGAAGCUUCUCUUUUCAGUGAACCCACUGAGACACAGAUUCCGGGAUCAGAACGUUCAGUGUCAGAAAGAAUGGAGACAGAAUGUGAUGAUAAAACAGAGUCAGAGGUCAUAGCCAGUACAAACAGACCUUUAGAAGCAUCUGAGCAAUCUGAACUGAUUGAAGCAAGCCUUAAACUACCAACAAGGCAAGUUGGAGAAGUCAUGCAUUUCAUUGUAGAAGAAGAGACAAAGAAGACCCCAUCAGGUGAUGAAAUGCAAUUCACAGAAGUUGAUCCUAAAUGUAAACCUCCAAUCAAGCAACAAAAUGAGGUAGAAACUGAGAUCCAACAAACAAAAAAAGUGUAUGUCUCAACAACAAUAGAGGAGAAACCUGAAGGUGAAGAAGCCAUUGACGUCAUUUUGGGAGAAGAGACAAAGACCCAAUCAGGUGGUAAAACACAAUCCAAAGUAAUUGAACCUGAACUGACACCUCCAAUCAAGCUCCUGGUUGACUGGGGCACUGAGGUACAACCUGAAAAAAUGUAUGUCUCAUUAACAACCGAGGAGAAACCUGAAGUUGUAGAAGCCACCGAUGUGAUUGUAGAAGAAGAGAUGAACAAGACCCCAUCAGGUGAAAAAGCACAAUUCAUGGAAUCUGAACCUAAAAUGACACCACCUGUCAGGAGAAAUGACAAUAAAAUUGAUGUCCAGUCAAACAAGGUAAAUGUCUCAACACAAAAGGAGAAUGCUGAAGGUGAAGAGGCUGUGGAAGUAAAUGUAGUAGAGGAGACAAAGACAACAUCAUCAGAUAAUAAAGCACAAUCCAUGGAAGCUGAACCUGAACUGACACCCUCAAUCAAACAACAGAAUGACCAGAAAACUAAAGUCCAGUCAGAAAAGUUGGAUGUAUCAACAGAGGAGAAAAUUGAAUGUGAAGAAGCCUUGCAUGUCAUUGAGGAACGGAAUGAGUGGGACACCGAAGUACAGUCUAAAAGAAUGAAUGUUUCACUGACACCAGAGGAAAAACAUGAAGUUGUAGACAACUCAGAUGUCAUUGUAGAAGAAGAGACAAACAAGACCCCAUCAGAUGAAAAAGCACAUUCCACUGAGGCUGAACCUAAACCGACACCACCAGUCAGCCGAAGAAACGAAAAUAAGUUUGAUGUCCCAUCAAACAAGGUGAAUAUCUCAACAACAUCAGAGAAGACACCUGAAGGUACAGAGGUUAACACUGUCACUGUAGAAGAUGAGAUAAAGAUGACUCCAUCAGAUGAUAAAGCACAGUCCCUAGAAGUGGAAACCAUACUGACACCACCAGUCAGGCAACAAAAUGAGGGUGAAACCGAUGUCCAAUCAACAACAUCAGAGGAGAAACCUGGGGACACCAUGCAUAUCUCUGAGGAGGAAAGGACAAAAAAGACAUUGGUUGAUAAAAUGCAAUCCAUAGAAGCUAAGCCUAAACCAACGCCACCAGUCAGAAGACGAAAUGAGGGUAAAACUGAUGUCCAAUUAGAUAAGGUGGAUGUUAUACCGACACCUCCCACCAGACGACGUAAAGGUGAAAGGUUAUCGUUAGAUAUUGAAUCACAUAGAGAGGGAGAAGUUUUUCCCACCCCACCAAGCAGAAGACGUAGAGAGAAAAUAGGAAUUGAGAGUUUUUCACUUGAAUUAGAGUCCCAACCCACACCACCAGCAAGACGACAUAUAGAAAAAGAAGAUAGAAGAUUAUCACUCGAUCUGGAGACCCAACCCACACCACCAGCAAGACGACGUAAAGAAAAAGAAGGUAGUAAACUUUCACUCAAUCUGGAGACCGAACCCACACCACCAGUGAGACAACAUAAAGAAAAAGAAGGUAGUAAACUAUCACUCAAUCUAGAGACUGAACCCACACCACCAGUGAGACGACGUAAAGAAAAAGAAGGUAGUAAACUAUCACUCAAUCUAGAGACUGAACCCACACCACCAGUGAGACGACGUAAAGAAAAAGAAGGUAGUCAGCUAUCACUCAGUAUGGAGACCCAACCCACACCACCAGCAAGACGAUGUAAAGAAAAAGAAGAAAGUACAUUAUCACUUGAUCUGGAGAUCCAACCAACCCCACCAGAAAGACUAUGUAAAGAAAAAGAAGAAAGUAGAUUAUCACUUGAUCUAGAGACCCAACCCACACCACCAGAAAGACGAUGUAAAGAAAAAGAAGAAAGUACAUUAUCACUUGAUCUAGAGACCCAAACCACACCACCAGAAAGACUAUGUAAAGAAAAAGAAGAAAGUACAUUAUCACUUGAUCUGGAGACCCAACCCACACCACCAGCAAGACAACGUAAAGAAAAAGGUGAAGAUAAAGGAUUAUCAAUUGAUCUGGAUCUUCAACCAACUCCACCAUCAAGAAGACACAAGGAUAAGCCAGAGAGUGAGAUGUUGUUUUACAGUGCUGAAUUAGGAAAAAGUGAUGAUCUACAAACCAGUGAACGUAGAGAAAGGGAAGAGCACACUGGUAAACCAACUCCACCUGUCAGACGCAAAAUUAGUCAGGUUGAAAGUGAUGUGGCAGUUUGCAAAAACCAAGAAGAGAAAGAGUUCUUUGUGAAACCCACACCACCAACAAGAAGGAAAGAUAGCAAAGUUAAGAGCGAAAUUGUCACAGGUGCUCCUAACCUGAAAGAAGAUACUAGCAUACAUAAACCAACUACACCUCUGAGUCAAAAAGACAGCCAAGCAGAAACUGAGAUGGCUCCAACCACACCUAAAAGUCAACCUGAGGAAGUCCUUCCAACUUCACCGACCAGGCGAAAGAAAGAUCAAAUAGAAGCUGACAGAGUUCCAUUAAUGCCAGAAGAGCCACAGGUCAUAUCAACUCCAACAACCAGCGACAAAGAAAGUUCAUGGAAUGAAAAGGUUUCUAAGUGUGCAAGACUAGAGCUGGAAGCAGAUGUUGAAGCAAUAACUAAACAGGAAGAUAAAGAUGAGUCUGAUACAAAGUCAUUGGUUGGUCAGGAGCAGCAAGAGGAGGGGCAGGACUCUACUUUGAUCCCAGAACCCAUAAGUGCAAUUAGUCAGACAGAGAGCGUCAGUGAGAUGCAGCCACAAGAUCAAGAUAUGGAUGUUUCUCCCCAAGUUGGUCUCGCGGCUGAAAUCACUGAGAAUCAAGCAGAGGAAGAUAGAGAGCCAGAGGGACCCACAAUGAAGGAUAUAUUCACGGAGAUCAAAAAAAUGACUGAAAAGGGACAAAAAAGUGUACUCAUGGAGGGUAUACCUCACGAAAGCACAAAGAAACUUCUUGACACUUCCAGCACUGAUCUUGAAGCUCGGUUAAAAAGGCUAGUGUUCCAUUUACUGGACCUUCGAACUUGCCCAGCUGCUCUGAACUCCAAAGACAUGGCCAAACAACUAGAGGAGGCUGAGGAAUGUAGAAGGUGUGCCCAGAGACAGGUAUCUAUGCUGUCUAGGCAAGACCAGGCUAAUGGAGACAUUGGCAGUGGCACUAAUGGCACAGUUCAUGACCCUGAGGGUAUGCAACAGCUGAGUGCCCAGUGGAGUGCGGCUUUGUGGGAUGCAGCAAGCUUUGUUCACUCCAAAGAAGCUCAACUACAGAUGGUUGCAGAUUUCAACAGACAGACCCAGAAAGUCAAAGCUAUUCUGGAGAGACUCAAAAUUGAGCGUGCGGCACUGAGAUUCUCUCCAGCUGUGAGCAUUUUUGCUGAGGAAGAAAGGCUGCACUCUUUCUUGAGAUAUAUGGAGCAGGAAAGGACAGCUCUUGGUGAGUUAAUUCAGACUCAUGCCAAACUGUCCCCCCACCUCAGUGUGCCUGAGAGACAAGCAGCGGAAAUACAGCAAAACAAUUUGCAAACCCAGUGGAGGGUGCUAGAGAAGGAUGCAGAGAUUGUUCUUUACAUGGUUAAUGCUCAUGCUAAAGAAAUCAGCAGCCUUAUUCAAGAGGUCAGUGCUUUAAAAGACCAUCUCGAGAACAUUCAGAAGACCUUGGAUGCAUCGAAAACCUCACCAGUUUUAUGGGAUGGCAAGAGAGCUCAAGAAAUUAUGAAUUUAAAUGCUGAGCUCACUUCCACAUAUCAGCAGUACCUCUACCUUCAGCAGACCUCUGAGGCACUUGCCCAGGAAUUCCAAUUCAAUGCAGAGAUAUCCAGCAUAGAGCAGGAUCUUCAGCAUAUAAAAGAUCAGCUGAAUCAAAUGGGUGAACAGUUAGCAGCUUCAACUCCUAGCAGCAGCAACUCAACGUUAAGUAAAAUUGUUAAGGUGAUGACAGAUGCUCUGGCUUGGGCAAAGCAGACAGAAUCUGAUGUCAAAGGACGACAGAAAAAGGUGCCUUUGCUUCCAGAAGAAGUCCAUCGACAGAUUAAAGAUUUAAAGAAAUUGCAGUCUGAGAUGAACUCGAAGCAAACCCAGUUGAAGUCUUUGGUUGAGGAAGUCACUGAGCUGAUUUCUGAUCUAGAUGAAGCUGAUGUUCCAAUGGUGACCUCAUCCUUGAAGGUCCUAGAGAAUUUGUCCAAAUCAACAGCAGGAAAACUGGCUGAGGCAGUUCGCGACAUGGAGUCAGGACUUCAGACCCGGGAGAAGAUGUCUGAGCAGAUAGCAGAUGUUGAUUCCUGGGUGGUUGGACAUCUGCAAAGGGAAGCUUUGAGGAGAGAAGAUUAUCAAAGUUUGAGUGUGGCAGACCUGGAUCGCAGGUUGAGGCAGAUCGAGGAGACUCUUGGAGAAGCAGAAAAGCAGUCCGCUGUCACUGAAGCCCUUCUGAUGAAAAGCAGAGACAUUGCAUCCGAGCUAAGUGUCACAGAGAGUACUAAGCUCUAUGAGAAACUCACCAACCUUCAAGAGGACAUUAAAAGGAUUAUUAUCUAUGAGAAGGCAUGUUGCCAGAAAAUUAUAGAUGUUAUACAGAGCCAAGAAUCCUCUCAGAGGAAGGUGUCAUCUCUCGAGAACAGCCUGAGACAAAUGUUAGUUGAUGUAAAAAGACACAGGUUUCCUGUUACGAAGGAUACCCUCUCUGUCAUUGAACCCUUCAAACAGAUGCUUGUGGAGCACAAAUCUCAUGUUGAGCAAGUCAAUCCUUGUUCAGAGGAAAAGAGAAGAGAGAUGUUAUGUGUUAUUACUGAACUGUACCACAAAAUGAUUGAUUUGGAUCUCAAAUCACAAGCUCAUGAAAGGUACUUGAGCCUCAGUCGGUGCAUUGACGAUGUCAAGGAAGAAAUAGAGGCUCAGAUCCCAAGGACCAAAGAUGAGAGCAUUAACAAAGACGAACGCUACAGAGCCUGUCAGACCCUUCUGAUCCAUAUCUCUUUAGUAAAACUCUUGUGUGAGGAAACAAUGGAUGAACUGCAGGAAAUCACAGCAGAUCUAUAUCCAUCUCAGCUCUCUGCUGAACAAACAAGACUCAAACAAAUACUGGAAAGUCUCGAAACCUCAGAAAUGGCAGUGAACAAUAAUCUUCAGAUAUUGGAAUGGGAUCUGCUAAAACAUAUUCAUUAUCCAUCAGAAAAAAGAGCACUUCAGCAAUUCCUCAAAGACACCAAUGAGAAGCUGGAAAAGCCUUGUAGUAUUGAACCAAAAGAGGCAGUGAUUGAAAAACAACUAAGAAAGUGCCUUGUACUCAGAAAGAAUGUAGAAUCUAGAAUACGAGUUCUUGAGUUCCUUGAAAAAAAGGUUGGAGCUCGACCUCCACAGGAUUCCAAACAGCUUGCUUGCUUGAAGGAUAUGGUUUUGGAAAAGUGUGAUCAACGAAUGGUUAGCCUAACUAAAGCUAAAGAACUGUUGAGGAACUACACCAAAGCAGUGACCGAUACCAUUCGUUUCCUCCAAAGAGCCACGUUGGCCCUCCUUCCCUCAAUCUGCUCUUCUAGAAGCUGUUCAGAACGACUAAAAGAUGCACAACAUGCUUUACUGACUCUAGACACAGAGUUCCAGUCACAUGUUUCACAGCUUCAAGCUCAAACCCCACAACAUCCCUGCUUCAAGCCACAGAAGAUUGAAUUUCUACACACAGAGGUUCUAGGCGAGCUCCUGGUCAGGCUAUCGACCCUUAAGGCCCAGGCUCAAAUUAAUGUAGAAUCUUUGAAGAGGUGUGUUGAGUGCCAGAAACAUUCUCGUAAGUGCUACGAGGAGCUUUGCCAGCAAGUGAGAGACUUAGAAACAUUUCUAUCACAGUGUGCUUCCAAAAAAAUUACUUCACACAAAGACUGCAAAGACCAGCAACAGAAACUCAAGGCUCUAGUGGAAGAGGUUGCCAUGCUUCCUGGAAAACUGGAGAAUCUGAGAGAGUGGUGUUCACUUCAUGGGUGCAGAGCCAACAGGGAGGAUGCCGUGAGCGCUAUCUGGGGUCAGGUGGCAAGACUGCAGCGCUGUGGCAGUGAUCUGCAGACACGCUCCGAACAAAUGGAAGCAGAGUGGAGCAGUGUCACAAGGAGUGUGGAGCAGGCAGUCACUGUAUUGGAGCAGGUGGAUGCAGAACUUCCAGAUAGCAGCAGAGAGAAUCUGACUGGUGAUGAGCUACAGGAACUACUGCUUUUCUGGUCCCAGUACCAGGACAGACUGGACUGUGAACACAGAGCUCUCUCCGCUUUGGAAUUAAGAGCUGCAAGGGUGCUUGGUGUUCCCCCGCACCUGGAACAGGCCCCACCCAUUGAGCUGUGCCAAGAGCUUCAAGCCUUGCAAGAGCGUUACCAUAGUCUAAAGGAACGGAGCUCUCAAGGUUUGAGGGCAGUAAGAACAGAGGUGGAGGAGAGGGAACGAGUGCAGGAGCAGCUGGAGGGAGUCAGAGAAUGGCUGGAAUCUGCAGUCUCUCUCCUCGCUGUACUGGAGCACGAGCCCAGCAAGAAGCAACUACAGGAGGUUCACUCACAGCUGUGUACCCAGAAGGCCAUUCUGCAGCGUAUUUCGGAAAGCUUGAAGAUGAUGUACUCUGAAAAAAAUACAUCAGUUCCAGAGGAGAUAGAGGGACUAUUACAGGAAGUCUCACAGUCAUUACAGGAAGUGGAGGAACAGGUGAAGACAGCUGUGGAGAAAAGUGGCCCUCUUCACAGGCUGGGUGCUAAAAUCUCGGAGAUUAAAGCAGGUUUGGGAUCAGUUCAGAGCUGGUUAGAGCAGAAGAGCCUGAACUUCACUGAAGCCGAAAGCACACAGAAGCGAGUGUGGGAUGAGUUGGAUGGUUUACACACUCUUCUGACAGCGGUCGAGGUGGAGUUACAGGAUCUGAGUGAAAUGCAUCCAGAUGAGACCCGUCUGUUAUUAGACAACCUGGCCAACACUCAGCAGACCCACACACGCCUCACCAAACAGGCCGAACAGAGGACUGCCUUCCUCAGCAAGGUCCGUGACUGGCUGCAGGAGCAUGAGGAGAUGGUGAAGGGGUCACAGAGCUGGAUCUCAGAGGCUCAGUCUUGGCUUACAACACCCUGCACGUACACCACUGCCAGAUGCCUGGACAGUCAUGUGAAUGCACUGCAGAUGGUUCUGGAUGAUUCUGCUCAGAUGAGACGGACUCUGCAGGGUUUCGGCAGUGUGCUGACAGAGAUGGGAAGUGUGUUUGAUGUCAGUCCAUUAGAGGAGCAGCUCUCAAAUGCUGAUCGACGUGUGGCAGAUAUGCAGCACAACCUGCUGGGACCUCUCUCUCAGCUGGAGCAUGCAGCAGCAGAAGUGGAUGCCAUUGAGUCAGAGGUGAAAGUCAUGGAGAAAGAUGUGGCCAAAAUCAAAUCCACUCUGACCACCAAAGAAGACAUCAGUCAGGACAGUCUUAAGACAACAGAAGAAAGGAUUGACUUGAUGAAAAGGACAGUCACUGAGAUUCAGAACUGUAAGGAUGGUCUGUGUCUUCCUGACAAAGCUGAAAACACACUCUUAGUGUUCAAAAAAGCUGAACAACUACAGAAACAACUGCUGGAACUUGAACAGCUGGCACUAGAAUACUCGAUUGAGGUACAGGAGACAUUUAUGCCACCUCUCUGUGUCACACCCCUCAAUGCUCCGCCCCUCACUGCCCCAACCCUCAGUGUUCCACCCACAAUCACUGAGGAAGACACACAGGAGAGUGGUCAGAUUCAGAUUGUGCAUGUAGAGGAGGACAUCCUGAAAAAGGCAGGAGCAACGCUGAUGACGGUGGAGCAAUCCACACUGGAGCAGAGACUCACCUGGAUCUCUGAUAGAAGCAGCCAAACUGUCACAGAAACACAGCAGGAGUCUGAGGAAGAGGAGGAGCUCUGUAAGGAUCCAGGAGAUGUAGAGGAAGAUACUUCUGGUGAAGACUAUGAAGAUUGCAUGAAAAAUGAGGAUGAGGAGGCAAGAGGAAGAUCACCAACCUCUCUGAAUUCUGAGACUUCCUUCAGCAUGACUGUGGAGGACAGAGAUUCUGCAGACGUGGUUUCUUCUACAGAACAGAUUUUGGAGCAAGCAGAAGCAGCUGACUCAAAGGUAGAAGUAGAUACCUCUGUGGCCUCAGGAACAGGUGUGUCAGAAGCUUCAUCUGAAGCAGAUGGCACAGUGGAAAGCCAGUCUCUCCCUGCAGACAUGGCGCAGGGUGCAUGGAGGGGGGAACAGAAGCCACACACCAAUGACAAACUCACACUGACACACAUGACACAGAAACAUUCAGAGUCACAAGCCCCACCCACAGAAACAAAAGACAUGUUCACCUUAGCUAAUGUCAUUACCUCCAAUGAAGGGCUGGGUGAUUCCUUAGAAAAACUUGAGGUAGUUUCAGAAAUACAUUCCACACUCAGUCAACAGAAAAACACCUUUGUGCCUCAGAGCCUGAGCUCCACAAAACCCACAAAUACACCUUCAGCCAAAUCACCAGAGCAACAUUUACACACUCUGACACACACUCCAUCAAAUGCAAAAGACCGUAGGUUAGACAACAGAAGCACACACGACAAACACACACCAAUUACAGUCGAGCCCUGCCUGGAGAGGACAGAGCCAUUGGUUGCGAGUGCAUCUUUGGCCGCAGGUGAAGCCGGGGGCUCAGGUGGAUGGUUGUCCGGUGACGGGCUGCUCCAUGCCUGCCGUGAGAGGGCCGAGCAUCUGGAGGUGUGUCUGGAGAGAGCACAGGUCAGUCUGGAGGGGUCGAGACAGCAGGCACAGGACGCAGCCAUGCAGCACUGCAUUGAACAACAACUUCACAACUGCCAGACAAUUCUUGUGGAGAUUGAGCAGAGAAUCUCCAGUCUUCCUGUGUGUGGAUUGAAAGAACAGGAGCAACAUGAGGCUGAAUCGCUUAACACCAAACUCCAGCUGCUGAAGAACAGACUGGUGACAGUCCUAUUACAGCUGCAAGAGAGACACGGCGAAGAUCAGGUGCCUGUUGAGAGUCAGCGCCCCCUGCAGGCCAGGCUGAAGCGCAGCAACAGUGUGCAGGAGAUGUUAAGUUCUUCCAAAACCAAACUGUUCAGACAGAGCAGCCUUCAACAACAAAGGGACCUGGAGCAUGGAUUGAAUGAACAGAGGGAUCUAACUAAAGCUAUUGCAAUUCAAGGCAGCAGAGCCCAAACACAGAGCCAGAGCACAGAUGAACAUGCAGGCCCCUCACCAGCAAAUGAAGACAAAAAACAGGAAGUAGAGUUAGCAGUCCACAGGAAGUGGACACACCUCUGCAGCAGAUUGACCAAGACAGCAGAGACAGAGCAAGGUGGAGAUAAAGAUCAGGAUCCAUCUGAGAUCCUCGCUCCAUCUGUGUGUUUGUGGAGUGGAGCUGCUGUUUCUCUCUGUCUCCAGGAGAUUCAAUCCAACAUCUCACAACUCAAAGAACUGCAAAACUCAGCAGUAACAAAGGAUCAUCAAUCUCUGGAUGAAGGUCUAUUUGAGGUGUUGAGUGGAGUGGAUCUCACUCUCAGCUCGCUCACACACACUCUUAGGUUUCAGCUAGCAACCCUAAAUACUGACAUAUUAAACCAAUUAGAGCAGCUACAGGGUUUAUCUGCAGAGCUGAUCUCCUUGGGUGCCAUAUUGACCUCCCAUGGAUCAGAGGUCAUAAAGUUGUUAGGUUUGGGUUCAGCGAUAUCAGAGACCUCCACUUGUUUUGACCUGCUGAGGCAGUAUGUAUGUGACGUACAAAAGACUCUCGCUGAUAAACAGGAGCAGCUACAGGAACGAUUAAAACACACGACUCAGCUGCAGAAGAGAGUGAAAGACCUGCAUGACUCAGUACUAACUAAUACGUCAGUCCUUCACCCUACAACUAAUGGAGAAACCCACUAUGACCUUCACACACAGCUGCAGGCCAUCACUGGAUGGAAACAGGAAGUGGAGCAGAGUGAGAGAAAUUUGGCAGAACUUAAAGAAGAGAUAGAGAGUCGAGAUCAGCCCUCAUCCCUCACACAGCAGAUCAGCACACUGGAGGCGGUAUUGGAGAGUGUUUGGAGUGAUCUAGAGCAGCGCUGUGGAGUUGUGCAGUGGAGUCUAGAUGAGCAGAAGAUGAGUGAAAAAAUCCUGAAGGGUCUGCAGAUGCUUCUGAUGAUUGGAGGAGAGAAACUCGCCUGCACUUCUCAGCAGGAGCUGGAGAAUCCAGCACAAAUACAGACACACCUCAACACACACACGGCAUUUUUCCUGUCUCUGGGUGCUCACCUGAGGAGACUGCAGCAACUGAGUGUGCGGAUGCCAGACAGCGCCUCCUCUGGCUGGGAGACUGAAGUGUCUGAGGUUGAACGUCAAGUGUCCAGUGUCCUGCAGCAGGCUCAGGCUGUCGGCACAGUGCUGCACUCAGGGCUGCAGGUUUGCACUCACUGGGAUGAAAAUCAGUCCUGGUUAGAAACGGUUCUGCAAAGGUUAGAGUCUCAACUUCCCAUAACACCUCUGCAGGACCAAACUGAGGAGCAGCUCAGCGAGAAUAUUUCUGUCUAUCAGAGUGUGCUGGCGGUUCUGGAGAAGAACAGAGCUCGGAUCAGUCUGGUUCUGGAUGAGGGCCGCAGACAGCUGGAGCAAAUUUCUAGUAGUGAUAUAGGUGUGCCUAUAUGCAUAGUGGGUGUGUCUACAGCAAAACUGGAACAGCGAUUGGCUGCACUUCAGAGGAGGGUGGAGCAAGGACUACACUCCACCCACCAUCGUAAGAAGCUUUGGAAAAGGUACCAAAGUGAUUCAGAGGCUCUGAAUGAGUGGAUGCGACAAGCCAGAGAGCGCCUUCAUACUUGGAGAGAUCACAUGACCACAGCUGAAGCGGACACCCUCUCCCAUUUUCAGCACUUCACAGGGUUCAUGAAGGAGCUAGAGGUGAAAUCGGCCCUAAAGGCAUCAGUGAUCAGUUCUGGAUCUUUCAUCCUGUUGCUCAAUGAAAGAGAGCAGAACAUUGAGACACAGAAGAUCAGCAGGACCACCAGUGCUCCAAGAACCUCCACUCCCUCUAGAAAUACAACAACCUCUGAAGACCUACAGCCAAGUGAAACUAGUAACCGGACCUCCGUUGUCCUAGAUAACAACCCUGAAGACUCCUCAUCUGUAGAUGUCACCUUACCUUCACAAACCAAUGUUUCCUCUAUUCAAAACAUCUUCUCAGAAGAAAAUCUUUCUACCACAGAAGAAUCAGAUGGAAAGAUCACAAAUGAAAGUGUUAUCUUUGAGGAACCAACCUCAUCUGUAUUCGAUUUAUCUGUAAAACAAGAGAUGGUUCUGUCCCCAGUUCUUCUGACUCUACAGUCCCAGCUGUCUCAGGUGGAGCAAGACUGGGUGGAAAUACAGAAACAUAUUCCUGUCGUCCAACAGGAACUGCAUCAGAGUGUGGUGGAGAGCCUGUCUCCUGAAGAACUGCUGGCUGAUAUGUGUGGCUGCAUUACGGGUGCUGAGAGCAGGUUACAGGCGGCUGAACGAGAGAGUCACAACACCUGUACUGUUGCAGCGUUUACACAUCUGCUCAGAACAUAUCAGGUGAUGAAGAGAGAGAUUGCAUGUCAGCAGAUGUCUGUUGACUUUAUUAAUCAGUGUGAGCUGAAGCAGGCCAGUUUUGACUCUCACACCAGCAGGUACAAACACACUGCAUUUGCUGAAAACCUGGGACAUGUCAAUCUGCGCUGGAAAACUCUACAGGAUCACCUGAACACACUGAUCCAACAUGCUGAAGAUGAGGUGAGGAUGUGUGCAGAGCGAGAUAACAAACUGCAAAUCCUACAGCGUUGGGUCAAAGGUCAAAAACAAUGGAUGCAAUUGGCUGAAAGACCCAUCAGUCGCUCAUUUGCUGAGAGGAGCCUGAAGGAUUGUGAAGAGCUGGGGGAAAAGUUGAAGUCUAAAUUCUCAGAACUUGCUGAGCUGAGGAAGAGGAGACUUACCACUGAUGAAGAAGGCAGGGAUAAAGACUUCCUCUCAAAAGCUCACAAUCUUUCACAAUCUUUGACUGACCUCUCUCAACAGAGUAUAGUCCUUGGGGAUACCUUGAAAGAGCUCUGUAAGGUGUGGUCUCAGUUUGAAAGUGGGAGGAGUCAGGCAGUUUUAAACACAAUGAGGAUCUGCCAAUCACUAGAGUACUGCCACGCCCCUCUGCCCUCCCUCUCUGCCCUCCAGAACAAAAUUGAUAAGAUACAGGUCUUAAUAGCAGAGACAAAGGAAAUUGACAGCCAGUGGGGGGAUCUUACCAAGAUAACAACAAUUCUUAUUGGUGGAAUUAGCCCAGACUCUGCCCAGGUGUUAUGGGAGCACCUAGAAAAAGAAAAAGCAAGGUGGCUAGAGGUGAAGGAGAAGGUCACAUACACCUUGCAGAGGUCACACAGUCUUCUGAAAGUGUGGCAGAGAUACUCUGAUGUGAGACGCUCCUGCUCAGAGCAGCUCCAACAUCUCAAAGAGCAGCUCAACACACACACCAAAACACCCGCUGACAAUAAACAACUCACACACAGCAUCGCAGAGCUGAAGACUGUAUUACAGAAAUGCUCAGAGACUCUACAGACUGAUUUGAAUGAAGUGCUUGAAGUAUCUAAGGAUCUGAUUGAACAGAUGGAUGAUGAGGAUGCCAUUUUCAUCAGAUCAGAAUGCCGUUUGUUAACACGUGGUUACCUGCAGUUAGAACAGACUCUGAAAGGAAGAAUUGAACACAUGAAGGAGGAUCUUGAGCAAUUUCAAGAAUUUGAAAGGUUAUUCCAGUCCCUCGAAGCACAAUUACAGCAGUGGGAAAGCAAUCAACGGAUAGACCGCAAACUCACAGAUAUAUCUCAGUCAGGUCUGAUGGAGGUCAGUUCUCUCUCUCCUGAUCUGGAUCUGAUGAACACACUCAGCUACAGGCUGACCCUCGGUGACCCUGUCACACAGAGGCUACAGCACCUCAACAGGAAGUGGGCACAGGCCUCCGCACAUGCUCAGGAGAAAUGCAGUGAGUUGCAGGCAGCCUCUCUCCAGCAGCAGAGCUUUGAGCAGAGAUGUGAGAGUUGGCUGGCUUUCCUACAGCGCAUGGAGGACAGUUUGGAUGUCGAAAUCGCAUCAACUUACCCUGGACUGAAAGAACAACAACGAACGCACCAGUGUUUUCAGGCUGAGUUAUCUUUAGGCCAUCAGAUCCUUCACUCUGUGAUCAGUGAAUCUCUCAUCCUGUUGCAGAAGGGAGAUGUGGAGGACAGGAGUGACUUCCUGUUAAAACUGGCACAGCUGAGAGAGCACUGGCAGGGGGCGGUGCAGAGAGCAGCUCAACGGCGCGCUCUAGUGGAAGGGCUCAUACAGCACUGGCAGCUUUAUACACACACAAUGCAGAAACUCCGCAAACUCCUCACACUCACACACACACUCUUGUCACCUGCUGGUCCCACACACUGUAGUGUCCUGCAGUUGCGCCUCUUGCUGGAAGACCUGAAGCGAACAGAGCUUUUGUUUCAAAGGUCAGUCUCUGCAUAUCUGUGUGUGAUGGAGGUAGGCAGGCAGUUGUUUUCAGUGAGUGACACACAGACGCAGAUGCAGCUGCAGACAGACCUGGCAGCCCUGCAGGAGGACUGGGAGCAAUGCCAGUGCAUGCUGGGAAAGAGAAAGACUCUCACAUCUGACAUCAUAAAGAAAUGGGAGACCUGUGAGACCAGACUAGCUGAUCAGACGCAGCGCCUGGACGAGGUACGAGCCAGACUGAAGAAAUCAAUCCCAGAUCAGCAGGAGGAGAUGGAAGAGGAACGCCUCCUUGUGAAGGAGGUUCAGGACUGUUUAGAGGACUGGUCCGUCAGUCUUUCCGAGCUCAGCACCAUGAAGACGGACCUGUCCCAGUACAUCUUCACCGAUGACGUCCUCCUCCUGCAGGAGCAAGUGGACCAUCUGCACUGCCAGUGGGAAGAGCUCUGCCUCAAAGUGUCACUUCGUAAGCAGGAGAUUGCUGAUCGACUGAAUGCCUGGAUCAUUUUCAAUGAGAAGAAUCGGGAGCUGUGUGAAUGGCUGACACAGAUGGAAAACAAGGUGGCACACAGUGCUGAACUGAGCAUUGAGGAAAUGGUGGAGAAACUCCAGAAGGAUUGUAUGGAGGAGAUCAACCUCUUUAGUGAGAAUAAGACACAUCUGAAACAGCUGGGAGAACAACUCAUCACUGCUAGCAACAAGACCAAAGAAACAGAAAUCAAUGACAAGAUCAAGGACAUCAACGACCGCUGGCAGCAUCUGUUUGAUCACAUUGAGGCCAGGGUGAGGAAGCUGAAGGAGACGCUGGUGACAGUGCAGCAGCUGGAUAAGAACAUGAGUAAUCUCCGUACCUGGCUUUCCCGUGUUGAGGGCGAACUGGCCAAACCCAUCAUUUACAGCAUCUGCCACUGUGAUGAGAUACAGCGCAAACUAGCAGAGCAUCAGGACUUGCAGAGAGACAUCGAACAGCAUACAGAGGGUGUAGCGUCUGUUUUGACCCUGUGUGACGUUUUGCUGCAUGAUGCGGAUGCUUGUGGCAGUGAUGGAGAGAACGACUCCAUUCAGCAGACUACGCUCAGCCUGGACCGCCGCUGGAGGAACAUAUGUGCCAUGUCUAUGGAGAGGAGAAUGAGGAUCGAGGAGACAUGGCGUCUGUGGUGCAAGUUCCUGGAUGACUACUCACGCUUUGAAGAGUGGCUGAACACAGCAGAACGUACAGCGGCCAACCCAGCCACCAAAGAUGUACUCUACACCUGUGCUAAAGAGGAACUCAAAAAGUUUGAGGCCUUCCAGCGCCAGGUCCAUGAGCGCCUGACACAGCUGGAGCUGGUGAACAAACAAUACCGACGUCUGGCACGAGAGAACCGGACAGAUGGUGCCAGUAAGCUAAAGUUGAUGGUGCAUGAGGGAAACCAGCGCUGGGAUACAUUACAGAAGAGAGUGGCCACUGUUCUCCGCAGGUUAAAGCACUUCACAUCUCAACGUGAAGACUUUGAAGGAACACGGGAGGGGAUUCUGGUCUGGCUGACUGAAAUGGACCUUCAGCUCACCAAUGUGGAGCAUUUUUCCGAGAGCGAUAUCCAUGAAAAGAUGCGUCAACUAAACGCAUUUCAGCAGGAGAUCACUCUAAACACAAAUAAGAUCGAUGCUCUGAUUGUAUUUGGAGAGAACCUGAUCCAGAAGAGUGCUCCGCUGGACGCCGUACUCAUUGAAGAUGAACUAGAAGAGCUGCACUCAUACUGCCAGGAAGUAUUUGGCAGAGUCGCCCGAUUCCACCACCGUCUUAUCAGCAGACGCCCAGUGCAUGAGGAGGACCGAGAGUUCUCAGACAGAGACACAGAUCGGCGGGACUCGGCUGAUUUCGGUGGGGUGUGGGAGAGGGAGGAGGAAGAGGAGGCUGCGAUGAGUUCUGAUGUUUCUCUAACAGUACGCCAGGCCGUGUCCCAGCUGAUACCACCUGCUCUAGAGCGCUCAGGGCGUGAGACCCCCGUCAGUGUGGAUUCAAUCCCACUGGAGUGGGACCACACCGUAGAUGUGGGUGGAUCUUCAUCUCCAGAGGAUGACGAGGAGUUGACGUUCUACAGCGCUCUAUCAGAUGUAGAAGUCACUGAGAGCUCUCAGUCAUUUAUUAAAGCUACAUCUAAAGCUCUGAAGGCUGUGUCCGGGGGAAGGUCAAUGGUGGAGCCGUGGCACUCUCCAAAUGCGCCAGACAGGAAGCGAGCGAACAGAGAGAUCAUACACAGUCUCACAUCUUCACCCACUGACACCAGCGCUCAGUACCACCCACAGGCCUAUGAUAAACUCAUGUCUGAGUGUGCUGGCAGUAUAGACAGUAUAAAGCGAGUGAAACUGAUUCUGAGCGAGGAAGAACAACUGGACGAUCAUGGUUUGACAGCGCUCUCUGCAGCUGAUAAGACAGGUGUGAUCGAGCGAUGGGAGCUCAUGCAGGUGCAGCCGUGCAGCAUGCCACAGGAUCUUCAGCAGUGGCACAAACUCAACACUGACCUCACUGAUGUCAUGGCAUGGCUGGACACUGUGAUGCCUGAGCUAGAGAAGCUUCAAACUCUAGAGCCAAAAAUCACCAUCAGAGACAUGGAGAGCAAUAUCCACGAACUAAAGGACAUGCAGAGGAUUUUUAACGGCUACAAAUCAGUGAUGAUUGGUGUUAAUCUCAGUGGGCGGUGCUUCCAGCACGGAGACAGCGCCGAACUACGAGAACUACGUGAGAAUCUGCAGUCAGCCAAUCAGAAAUGGACACAGGCCUGUGCGGCCCUGGACAGCUGGGAACAUCGACUGCAUCAAGCACUCAUGGAGUGUCAGGAGUUUCACGAGACUCUUCACUCUCUGCUGCUGUGGUUAGCUAAAGCAGAAAGCCAGCGCUACAUGGUCAACAUCCAUGACCAAAACACAGACCUCAACAUCCUGCAAGAGCAUCGAGACACACUCAAGGCUGUUCAGCAGGACUUACAGUCUCGUGAGAGGGAGGUGCACUGCCUGCAGGAGCUCUCCUCACAGAUCCUGCUACAGGACCAGGGAGAAGACACUCUGGAGGCCAAAGAGAAGGUUCACGUCAUCAGCAACAAGUUACGACUGCUGAUCAGACAGACUGCACACGAUCUGCACACGCUGCAAAGCAGACUGGACUCUCCUGGUCCAAAUGUGGGCAGGACAGCAUCAACACAACAGCAGGAAGCCGCAGGAGCUCAGGCUGUUACACGGGGAUCUGCUGCGAGUGUCAGGGCUGACAAGUUUGAUUCGUCCCCAGCGAGGCCAUUCCUGUAUCGUGUCCUAAGAGCAGCUUUUCCCCUCCACAUCCUCUUCCUGCUGCUGCUGGUUGUGGCGUGUCUGGUGCCUCUCUCAGAGGACGACUACAGCUGCACUCUCUCCAACAACUUUGCCCGAUCCUUUUACCCCAUGCUCCUCUACACCAACGGACCCCCACCCACAUGAGAACAACUACAUGUCCCCUUCACUAACACACAGCCACAGCUCAUUCAGUAGAGGAAAUGACACGUAGUCCAAGCCUCCCGGUUUACUGUAGCAGAUCCUGUAGCUCUGAAGUGAAAAUCUGAGUGAAAGCCCUUCUGUUUGGGAUUCAGUAGAUUGUCCUGCAACAAUCAAACCUUGUUCCUGGAUCAGAGGACUGUUGCACAUGGAGAGAGAUUUUUUUUCUGAGGAAAGAGCCUUUCCUCAUGAUGUAUAUUUUUAGAGAACGGCAAGGACUCCUCAUCAAAGGUGCACUCAUUUUUUAAUUUGUAUAGUAUGUAGCAGCACAUUCAUUGAAACACUGAAAUACUCCUUCACACAAAUGUAUUUACUUUUGACAUAUAAAUGAUAUAAUUGAACCCUAUAAGCUCAUAGGCUUUGAGUCGGCCUGUAUUGUUUAACUAGAAGCCCUGUUUAUAUGUCUGAGUGCUUGAAUAUCAGUUAUGUUCAUAAAGUCUUGUUUCUAGGAAUCAGUGUAAAAUGACUUGUAAUGAUGAAUAUAUUUUAUUUGUAGCUCUCUUAGCUGCCAUUUUCUUGGUCGAAGCCAUGGAGGAGAGACACAAAGAGGCAUUAGGGUGUGUGCAAAAUUUAUGUUUAAUUUAUUCAGCCUAAAGUUUGGUGUUGUUUUCAUGUGUGUGUGAAUAAUGUAAAACUACUGAAAUUAUUUAAUUAUAAUUGGUAAAUGAUCUCGGUGGAGAUAUAAAUUAUAUCUGAUUAUGUUUUAUAGUUUAUAGCUAGAAUUUUUCAGGCAGGAAAAUCUGGUACCCAGAUGUGUUUGUGUCUGGUGUGUUUUUAGAAACUCAUAGAAACACAUUUCAAAAGUAUCCACAUGACUGUAUGUGGAUUUUAUUUUAUUUUAACCUACAGAAAGUCUGGUGAAAGGCCAUUAGUUACUCUUUCACUCAUACUAACUGCCAAAGUGUCAGAGACUUGAUUUUAUAAUUAAUCACAGUUACUAAAAGAGUGCUGUUCGUCUUGUUGUUUGAUGUUUUUAAUUUAAUUGUUAUAGUAUAGAAUGCAUUAUGGGUCAACUAAAAUAGACUAUGAUAUAAAGUAUCCAUAAAUCACAGAAAACAUUCACAUUAUGAUGAAUUUAUUUUGCAGCAAACCUUGCACUGCCAAUGUCAAACACUGGUUGAAGACAAUAUAAAGAUGUUUGUGUUUUUUGAGUUUGAAGUCAAUUUUUCCUACAAAUAAACAUUGUACAAAUAU